AUGAAGAUGAACUUGACCAGAAUCGCUGGUGAGGGCGUUCGCAACAUGAGCAAUAGCAAGGCGACGCUGCCUCUCUACGUCUCUGGCAACACCCAGAAGGAGAAAGUGGCUGGUGCUCUGGCGAACCGUGUGCGCAACAGACGCCAGGCUGGGCACCACAUGGUUCCGAUGGAAUGA